AUGGAUGCCGAUGAGGUCGCUCGAUCGCCACGGUUUGAAGAGCUCCCGAUGUAUGUGCUGGAAGACGAAGACGGAGAUGAGGCGAAGAACGUUCUGUUGAAACCGGAUUAUUUUGAGUGGUGGAAGCCUUUAAAAUGCCAAAAAGGGCCUUGCAAAGGGUACGAUCUGAGAGAGGACCGCGAGGAAGCGGACACCAAUUGGUGGGGCGAAGAGCCGUCGAUAGGGCAUGAAGAGACCGUUGGAGAUGUAUACAACCGAGAGCGCAACAUCGAACUACUGGAGAUGGAGGACGUGCUGGAUGUGGGACAAGCGGCCGUCGGCGGGCCCGAGCUUAGUUUGGCCUCGCUUCUCUCAAAGGGCGACCCCCGCGUGGCCAGCAUGAACGCGACGUCGGCGGUGAUCUCGACUCGACUCGUCAACGCUGGGGUGCCAACAAUACAACAACAGGCAAAUAGAAGGACGCUCAACCCCAUGACGGCAUAUCAAUUCUCGACGAAUGCUGGCAGCAGUGAUCCCGGCCCAAUGUCCCACAAUGGUAAACCGGAGCUGAACACGAUCACGCAAGAGAGCAACUUCCGCGACUCGGUCAUCUACCAACACGUCCUCCAACUCGAGCAGCAAUGCUAUCAUAUGAUCCGUCGUAUGCAGUUGUGUUCGAGUGUGCACACGGCCAAGAAAUAUCUCGACGAAUUCCACAAAAUAUCACAAGAAAUGGCCGUGGAUCCAGGAUUGACGGGAAGGGAGGCCGAGAAGAAGCCCAUUGGAAUUGGCGGCAAGCGUGGAUUCGAUGAGAUGGAGGGGGGAAUGUCGACUUCUCGCGGCUCGGCCCCCCAUAUCAGCCAGGGACCAAGGAAGGCCCGUGUGGUCAAGUCGUCUUCUGCUCGAAUCUCCGAUGUCGGCCCAAUGUAUAGGCUCUCGACGUCUAGUCUCUCUCAACAAAUGGCCGGCCCAUCUUCUGUCUCCUCAGCUGCCCCUUCUGCAGAGCCCAAACUCGAGCAGCGGGAAAUCCGUGCGUUCGUGAAGAAGAACGAGAACGGUCGUUUCGUGUUGGUGAAACAGACGGUGAUGAGACGACCCGUCAACGACAACGAGCUCGUCUCCAUCAACCAGCAACAGCAGCAUCCGCAGCUCGAUCCGGCGCCCGGCACAUCGGCAUCGACAGAA